CUUACAUAUAUAUUUUAGAAUCUAAUGGCAAAAUGGAAGAAUGGAUUAGUCAGUCCACGAUUUAUGUUCUGUGCUUUAUCGCAUUACCGCUAAUAUAUAUUUUUCGCAAACAAGUAAUAAAGCCGAAGGCGGACAAGCGGCACCUGGAGAAACCCAACGAUGAGCGCAAGAAGAGCAUUGCGCCCAUUGCAGAUAAGACCUUGCUAGCCGUGGACAUUCUCAAUUUGCAGUUGUGCAUGCUGGAAUCAAAAAUCUUCAGAGACAUCGAUCCGAUACCAACAUUGACUGUGCGGGAGUUCGCUGGAGCAGUGGGAGAACUGAAGAAAAUCAAGAAGAAGGUAAUUCCCCGUAUCAUCUCCGCGGUGAUAAAGCAGAAUUGCGAGAAAUAGUGGUGAUCGAUGGAUGACGGAUGACGAAUGAGGGGUGAGGGGCGUGGCAAGUUCAAAUGCGAUUGAAGAAGAGGAAAGGUUAACAGUUGCACAUCAAGUUGCGGGGAAUAAAAAUAUUACGUCGUCGUCGUGGGUGAGAAUUCAACUAUGGACAACCGGGACAACUGAGGCAUGGGCAAAUGGCAAAAGGAUGGAGGAGAGUGGGGGUUGGGGUUGGCUUUCUGAAAGGUUGCUGGCAUAUAGAUGGAAUAGGGCAUAAGGCAAUGAUGAGCGGCUUAACAUAUUUGUAAAGACCUUUUUAUUAAAAACAAAAAGCGGACUUAAAGAUUAUUUGCGGGGCACAAGAUGUCGAACGGAGUGCGGGACUUCAUGUCUGGCAUUUGUUUGCAUGGGCGUGAUAUUUUAAUUAUGACCUGAUGUAGAUAUGUAAACGAUGUAUAUGUGCUUUAUUGAGUGCCCCGAUGCUUGACUUAUGCCAAACAAAGGAAAUUGUGAAAGGAAAAAGGUGUUGUCGAAGAAGGAAAAGCUUAAGUUUGAUUAGUCCUCUUAUACUUUACAAAUUGUGCUCGUGAAAGGGUGGACACGUGUUUGCUAAGGGAUAUACAAUA